GACAACCUUUGUCUUCCCAUUCUCAAUGCCAGGAUGCCCACGGCAAUAAAUUUUUUACAGACCAUGGCCUAUUUGAUGCAUCUGUUUGAUUUUUUCUACAUUUUACGAACAUGGAAAAAGAAAAACUUUGCUUGUAGCCAACUUGCUUGUGGAUAAAUGAAGUCAUCAAAGUCUUGGAUGUUGAUAUAGUCAAUGUUUCUGCCUGCAAAAUGUGGGGCAGAGUUGCAGUAAUAAAUUAGGCCAAAUAAGUCAGAAUCACUGUCCCAUAUGACUUUUGGGACAGUUCUUAGAAGUUUUCAUUCUGCUGGUACUAGAAAAGUGAGCCUGAGAUUGAAUCUGAAGCUCUGAAGGAAAGAAAUGGAAGAAGCUGAAUCCAAGUAAACAAAACAAUUUUAUCUGAAUGCCCCUUUUGUUAAAUGUGAAGAAGCUUGCUUCCAGCUGGAGCACACAUGCCAUUUUCUUUUUUUUUUUCUCUCUAAAUGCUUAUCUCAAAAGCUUUUGGUUUGCAACUUGCAUUUAUAGUAUGGGCAGGCUUCUCAUCCUGUGGGUUGUCAAUUGCCUUUUAGCAUUUGUUUCUUGGUGAAUUAGUAUCUAAACGUGUGAAUUAGAAUGAUUAUUUUAUUGAGAAUCUUUAGUAACCAAAUAAAACUCUAACCUUCCAAAUUUGAGCAGAUGCAUCCUUUUCCACAUGAUCUGUGCUUUUAUAUAAGUUCUCACAAGGUUCAGGCCUUCAGCAAAUUUGUGUCAAAUUUCAUAUAAUGGGGUCUGUAGGAAUUGCAGUAAUUUCUGUUGCUCUCCUGGCUCUCAACUUGAUAUCUUGCUCUUCAGGGGUCGAGCAAGAGACUCUGAUGACCAUAUGCUUCCCAACAGAAAACCAAGAAUUCUGUGAGAAUCUUUUGAUGAGUGAUCCCCGGACCAGCUCUGCUGAUCUUCCUCUACUCUCGGUAAUCUCAAUUCAACUAACAGAGAAGCAGGCGAAGGAGAAUCAUCUCAGUUUCAUGCAGCUCCAUGACAAUGCCACUGAUCCCUCGAUGAAGGAUCCAUUAAACAAAUGUGUGGGAAUUUAUGAGGAGAUGAUAAGCAAAGUUGAAGAGGCAUACCAGUUGUCUAUGGCAAAACGGUACAAGGAUAUUAGCCAACUGGCUGAGACUACAAAGCUUGCUUACCAGUGUGAGAACGGGAUUCCAUUAAAAAAUAAUGCAAGCAUGGAGAUUAGCGAGACAAUGAUCUUGACCAGUGAGACCUCCGACUAUGUCAACAUCUAUAUUGCCCGCCAAUGACCAUGUGAUUCGCUGGUAUCUCCUUCCCUUCCUUGAGGAAGUUUGAGGUUUUCUGGGGGCAUUCGGAUGGGGUGGAUGAAAAAAAAUAAUUGCUGCAACAAUGUAACAGAAAUUUAGCCUUGAUGUAAUCUUCUGCUGCUGGUAAUUUAUUAAAUAUAGUUUUAAGGCAUCCAUCUUUCAUAAAACAACAGAAAUUAAGUUGUGCAGUUGCAUCAGAAUCGACUAC